GAACGACAGAGCAGGAACCAAUGCAUCACUAUAGGCCACCUGUUGCUGACUCCUUGAAUCAGAAGAUCCGUAGUCUUUUGAGGAUGAACUUUCAACUAAGGCCGCUCUUCCCUCUCUGACUGGUGGACUCUAACUGUGGGCGUCCAUCCAAAUAGGGGAGGGAUGAAGAAUGCUCCGGCAGGACUGGCUUUAUGAGAUUCUGGAAGUGCUACCUGAUACUGGCGAACAGCCCAGCAGCAAGGAGCCGGCGAUACUUGUUAUUGAUGAUGAUGAUAGUAUUGAGGUGCAGGACCCUAUCAUAAUAGAAGACGAUUCGUGUGAUCAGGCCCAAAUUUCCUCAACUGAAAAAGAGAUGGAUGGGUUUGCUGUCUCCCAGUGCAAUUCAUCUGGUGGUGUUGGUGAGCAGAAUCUUGGUGAAAAUCUCUGCCAAUCAACGAGUGAUCCUGAGGCUAACCUAGAGAUUGAAGGUGGAAAAUUGUCAGCUGAUGAAGAGCCUGUGUUUGUGAUGGAACAACCAGGGAAAAGGAAAAAUAAAACCAAAAAUGUAUCUGUGACACCUGCUGUUAGCAAACAAAAAAGGUGUGGGCCUUCAAAGAAGAGACCCAGCACAGCAAAACUUGAAGAAUGUGGAACUGGGAAUGCUAUGUGCGAAAUACCUGGAUGCUUCUUGCGUGACCUGGAAAACUCAAAGCAGUAUUCUGGAAGGAAGUUCAAGCAAAAUAAGGAUGAAUUGGUUCAGAGAAUCUACACUCUGUUUAACAACUCGGUGUUUGAUAAAAAGCUGCCGGAGAAAAUAGAUAUCGGCUGGAAUAACAAGAUGCUGAACACUGCUGGCUCAUGCACCACUGGCGAGGCACGGUACCCAAAGAAGGAGCGCUAUGCUAAGAUUGAGAUUUCUCUGAAAGUCUGUGACUCUGCAGACCGACUCCGAGAUACUUUGGUCCAUGAAAUAUGCCACGCAGCCUCCUGGCUGCUCGAUGGUGUCCGUGAUUCUCAUGGGGACGCAUGGAAGUAUUAUGCCCGAAAGUCUAACAUGGUGCACCCGGAGCUGCCCAGGGUCACCCGCUGCCACAACUACAAGAUUAACUACAAGAUUUAUUAUGAAUGUACUCAGUGCAAAUUCAGGAUCGGCCGCUACACCAGAUCGUUGAACACCGAACGCUUUUUCUGUACCAUUUGCAAGGGUCCUCUGGUCAUGCUGCCUUUAACUCGGAAAGAUGGAACCCCCAUUGAGCCCCAUGUGAGGCCCUUUGCCAAGUACGUGCAGCAGUAUUACACGCUAGUGAAGGAGGAGACGGCAGGGCUGAGCCACGGGGAUGUGAUGAAAAAGCUCGGCAAGGAUUACAUGGCCAAGAAACAAAGGCAUGAGCGUUGAGGUUAUCUGACAGUGCGUUUGUGUGAGCAGAGUCCUCUGCUGGUGAAGAAGUUUUAGAAAAAUAUGUUUGUUUCUAUGAAUAUUAGAAUUUAAAUCAUUUUUAAAGUUCCUGUUGUUAAUGAUGGUUAUUCUUAACCAAGGUUCUAUUGCUAACCAUUUUGUGCCCUUGACAAUAUGCAGAAGCCCUUUGGGUCCCCCUGGGGCUUUACUUAGACUCCAUAUUUUAAGGUGUAGAACAAAAUGCAAAAGAGAAACGAGUUUUCGAGAGUGGCAAGUUGAGAGAAUGAGAGUAACGCUGGAAAGAGAACAAACUUUAAAGGCAGCACUUCAAAACCAGGGCUGCUGGCAGAUGCAACCUUUUACCCCUCCCUAGGAGUAAAAGACAAACGUGUUUUGUGAAUUAGUUGCUCUUGACAUUGAAGCCAUCUGAGCCAAU